CUGGUACAUACGUCAAUCAGUUGCGAAAGCAUUGUGUAGUCAGGCUGCUUCUGUUACGUGUUUAUUAAACUGUAUCUCUCUAGCAGGUUUUAACAUUGUUGUCAUAUUUGUUGGGUUAUAUUUUAGACAUUUUUGAUACAUUGGGCCAUUUGGGACUUUGUUUUGUUAUCAAAUAGUUCAGGUGAGCGAGUAAUAACUGAUCCAGCAGCUAGCCGGUUAGCGGGCUAGUAAAUGUGUUUCUGCAGCAUCGUCAGGUUAGCUUGACAGUUAGCGUUAGCUGAGCAGCGACAGCACGCGAUACCUCUCAAGCCAGGCGGAGGAAUGAACCAUAAGACUAAAAAGAGGAUUAAAGAGGCGAAACGCAGCGCCAGACCAGAGCUAAAGGAUUCAGUAGACUGGAUGAAACACGGGUAUCAUGAGACUUUCGACCUGUCUCACCGCACCGUGAAGGACAACGUUGAGCGCAUGGACACUCUUCAUCUCAGUCCUGAGGAAUUCAUUCAGCGCUUUGAGCGACCCUACAAGCCUGUUGUCUUGCUUAACUGCCAGGAGAGCUGGCCUGCCCGAGAUAAAUGGAACCUGGAGCGGCUCAAGCGCAAGUACCGCAACCAGAAAUUCAAAUGUGGGGAGGACAACGAUGGAUACUCAGUAAAGAUGAAGAUGAAGUACUAUGUUGAGUACCUGGAGAGCACUAAGGAUGAUAGCCCACUUUACAUCUUUGACAGCAGCUAUGGUGAACAUGCCAAGCGCAGGAAGCUGCUAGAGGACUAUCAGGUCCCUGUCUUCUUUAGGGAUGAUCUUUUCCAAUUUGCAGGAGAGAAGCGUAGACCGCCUUACAGAUGGUUUGUGAUGGGCCCAGCUCGCUCUGGCACUGGCAUCCACAUUGAUCCAUUGGGCACCAGUGCCUGGAACGCACUGGUUCAAGGACACAAGAGGUGGUGCCUUUUUCCCACAAACACACCCCGAGAGCUGAUCAAGGUCACUAGAGAGGAUGGAGGCAACCAACAGGAUGAGGCUAUUACCUGGUUCAAUGUAAUUUAUCCCAGAACACAGCAGCCUAAUUGGCCUCCAGAAUAUGCACCACUGGAGAUUUUACAAAGACCCGGCGAGACAGUUUUUGUUCCUGGUGGAUGGUGGCAUGUUGUCCUCAACCUGGACACAACCAUUGCUGUCACACAGAAUUUUGCCAGCACAACAAACUUCCCCAUUGUCUGGCACAAAACGGUUCGAGGAAGACCCAAACUGUCCAGAAAGUGGUACCGGAUUUUGAAGCAAGAGAGGCCUGACAUGGCGGCUCUGGCAGACCAAGUCGACCUGCAGGAGUCAACUGGGAUCGCAUCAGACAGCUCCAGUGACUCCUCUUCUUCCUCGUCCAGCUCAUCUGAUUCUGACUCUGAUGCAGAGACGGGCUCAGAGGGCAACACAAUGUCUCACCUCAGGAAGAAGAGACGAACCUGUGGGAUGAUGUCCAACGGAGACACCAGCAGCCAGGAUGACUGCGUCAGUAAAGAAAGGAGCUCGUCCCGGUGACCUCAGCCUUCACCAGCUUCCACCAACCUCCAACAGUGACUUACUCUCAUAAACAACUCCAGCUGCUUCUAAUCUAGUUUAGGUAAAGUCCAAAUCCCUAUUUGAAGGCUGCCUGGAUUUUUUUUAGAGAUACGAUGGAUGCCACUAAGGAGACUGAUAAAGCCGCAGGAUCUUCUGCGGUGUGGGCAUGCUGGAAACCUGCCACCACUGUGCUUUUAACACCAAUGAUUAUCUGUUUGUUUCUGUAGCUUCAGGUGUCUGAGGUGGAGGAGUAGUUUAACCUCAUCAUGGACUGGUAUGGAUGCAAACAGAGGGAUGUGAAUAUUUUCACCUAACAAAUUCUAAUUAUUGACACAUUUACACAUUUGAUGUGGACAAGAUUAACCAGCACCAACAAUCAAAUGCAUGAUAUCAUUAGACCUUUAAAUUCAACUACAGUAACAGCAGUUAUUUUGUGUUGGAGACACAUUUACGCUCAUCCGGCAUAGGGUGUGUGUGUCUCUCUCAUGAGUAACAUGAUGGACAUGAUUUCAUCAUCUGAUUUGGCUCAUUCAUUCAUCAUUAUUGUUAUUCAGUAGGCUGCUAAUUACACAAACCUAAAGUUCUGUCUAAUAUAAAAAUCAUACCCCUCAGUCACAACCGAAAAAUGUCAUUAUUGCGCCAACACACCCCCAAUAGAUUCUAAUUCUGUAAGACACUUUUCUGCGAUUACUGCUUAAAACUAGUGUGUCAUCUUUCCUAUCUUCUUUGGUAAUAAGCAGUUUUAAUUUAACAGUUAGCAGUUAGAAACAAGAAUUGUUUCAUGUCAUUGUAGGAAAAUUAGAGUAUUUAUUAUAUUGAUGAAGGAGCUUCAGUAGGAACAAAGAGUUCAUGCUUUCAGGUGUCUGAGGGGGUUUUCGGCACUGAAGUCAUCGGUCUCUCUGCCACUUUGAUGUUUUGACUGAUUCGUGCCAUAUGCUGCAAAUGAGAUAUACUGUCAGAAUGCUCAGUAGCAAAACGAGUCAUAUUAGUUUUGCACUUAAAUGACAGCUGAGGGUUUUAAAGCCUCUGCAGGACGAUAAGUCAGAUAGUGAUCUGGUUUAUUCAGGUUCCACAUGUUGUUGAUUGACAGCUGAGCUCUCAGUUGUUGUCAUCACUGUAAUAGUGAUUCAACAUUGGUUUCUCUUUAUUUUAUCUUGAAGAUCUUAAAUGGGGCAGAUUAUGCUUGUUCAGCAUUACAUUGAACAGGAUUUAAAAUUGCUAGUUACUGUGGAUGAAUCUGCCUAUUAAAAAAGAAAAUAGAUCUGCAACCUUUUUCAGCAACAGUCCAUGAAUCAUUUUUGAUUUUCUGUUCAAAAAAGCCUCCAACUAUACAAUGGUAUUUAAUGAACUUUACAGUAAACAAAUAGAAACCGUUUUAAGACCUGACUCUCAGUUCUCAUUCCAAAGUCUUGAAGCGUCUUGUUUUGUCUGAUCAACCAAGCAGAACAGAAGAAGCUAAAAUUACUGUAAUAAGUAGAUUCUCGCAUUUACUCAACGAUGACUUUAAUUGUUCCUUUGAGCCAUAAAGCUUUGCAUCUUCUCUAAAUCAGUAUUUGUGAGGCUACAUUUCUGUAUCUAUGCUGUUCCUAAUUAUCUGUGGCUUUAGACUAAAGUGCCUAUAAAGUUUGGCAUCAGCCUGUGAGGUGUGUUUAUGUGACUGUAUGAGGACGUUCGUUGUUCCUGUUUUCACAUGUUCUCAAACAAGUUUUCUGGCAUUAUGUUGAUCUCUGAGGUUGGUCACAAUGUGCCUUCCAUCUGCCUUUUGGUGAAGGUUUCUGUCUCUGAUUAGACUUAUUUCCUUCUCUGUCAUCUGAACUGAUGUGAGAUGAGAUUUCCUUCAUUUUUUUUUUUUACGCUCAGUCUUUAGCGUGUAAAUGUUGAUCAAGUGAGACAGGAUCCUCUAACACCUUGAUGUGGUGCGUGUAAUUUUGUUGAUAAAUAAAAUCUUUUCUAUGACUCCAAAAA